UUCGGUACAUAAUUGCAAACCGCCUUCAACGCCUCUUUCCGUGUCAAUCUGUUGCCCCAUUUCUCAUUUCCGCGUUGCGUUGCAUCAGAAGAGGAGGAAAAAGAGAAGAAAGAAAGAAAGAGAGAUGGUGAACACGUUCUGCUUGUUUUGCGCGUGCAUCGACCAGGCGAGCGUCGGGGUGGUGGAGAGCUGGGGCCGCUUCCAGAGGCUCGCCGCCCCCGGCCUCCACUUCUUCAACCCCUUCGCCGGCGAGUGCCUCGCCGGCGUCCUCUCCACCCGCGUCUCCUCCCUCGACGUCCGCAUCGAGACCAAGACCAAGGAUAAUGUUUUUGUACAGCUGCUCUGCUCAAUUCAAUAUCGAAUUGUUAAAGAAAAUGCUGAUGAUGCAUUCUAUGAAUUGCAAAACCCCAAAGAGCAAAUUCAGGCCUAUGUUUUUGAUGUGGUACGUGCUCAUGUUCCUAGAAUGACCCUUGAUGAAGUCUUUGAGCAAAAGGGUGAUGUGGCAAAAGCUGUCCUGGAGGAGCUAGAAAAGGUGAUGGGAGAAUAUGGCUAUAACAUCGAGCAGAUACUCAUGGUUGAUAUUAUACCGGAUACCUCGGUGCGACGGGCUAUGAAUGAGAUAAAUGCUGCCCAACGACUUCAGCUUGCUAGUGUUUACAAAGGAGAAGCAGAAAAGGUCCUUCUGGUGAAGAAAGCUGAAGCAGAGGCAGAGGCUAAAUAUCUUGGUGGUGUCGGGGUGGCAAAGCAACGGCAGGCAAUAACUGAUGGUCUGAGAGAGAACAUCUUAAACUUCUCUCACACAGUGUCCGGAACCACAGCGAAAGAGGUGAUGGACUUAAUAAUGGUCACUCAGUACUUUGACACCAUCAAAGAACUUGGAAAUUCAUCAAAGAAUACCACCGUGUUCAUACCACAUGGCCCUGGUCAUGUGAGAGAUAUAACUGAUCAGAUUCGAAAUGGAAUGAUGGAAGCAUCAAGCAGUCAGGCGGAUAACUAGUGUUUCUAGCUUGAUUCUUGUGCAUGAAGACUCAUUGUCAUGGACCUGCAAAGUUGCAUGUUUUUUUGGAGAAACAUACCAGUUAAAGUGGUAGUUGUCGCAGCUGCUGCUAUGUUUUCAUUUUUACGCGUGGGAUUGUCAACAUGUGAUCAUUUGUCAAACUGGAAGUGAUCAAGUUUGAAGUUGUAUAUAUUAAUAAACAAAGGUUCACUUUUUCCCUUCUUAUUUGGAUUGAUUAACUACUUAUUGCACAGACUGAAUCAGA